AUGGCUUUGCAAAAACUACCGACCUCUCCGGUCCUCUCCAUCGUGGUCCUUCCAUUCUUGAUAUUCCUCCUCGGUUUCGCUGGCCCAGCUUCCGCUGUUGGGUCCGCUGUUCUUGGUAUUGAUAUCGGCACCGAAUAUCUCAAGGCGGCUCUCGUCAAACCCGGUAUUCCUCUCGAGAUUGUCCCCACGAAGGAUUCAAAGCGCAAAGAGUCGGCUGCUAUCGCAUUUAAGCCGACUAAAGAGAACAAUUCCCCCUUCCCGGAACGUUUCUACGGCGGUGAUGCCCUCGCUCUGGCAGCUCGGUACCCGGACGACGUCUAUAUCAACCUGAAGACCUUGUUGGGAGUUCCGUUCAAUGACGGAAAUGACGAGACGGUCAAGAGUUACUGGAGUCGGUAUCCCGCCCUGAAGCUAGAGGCUGCCCCUGAUGGUCGCGGCUCCAGCGCCCUUCGCAGCAACCGGCUGGGGGAAAAGGAAAAGAAAGAGGCUUUCCUGGUCGAGGAGGUCCUGGCCAUGCAAUUGAAGCAGAUUAAGGCCAAUGCAGACACAUUAGCCGGAAAAGGCUCGGAUAUCCGUGACGCGGUCAUCACUUUCCCCGCGUUCUACACUGCGGAAGAGAAGCGAGGCCUUGAAUUGGCAGCGGAGCUGGCAGGUCUGAACAUCCAGGCCCUGAUCACUGAUGGUUUGGCCGUUGGCGUGAACUACGCCACUAGCCGUACCUUCCCUAGCGUCUCGGAUGGGGAGAAACCGGAAUACCACAUCGUCUAUGAUAUGGGUGCCGGGUCGACCACCGCGACUGUCCUACGCUUCCAGAGCCGCCGAGUCAAAGACAUUGGAAAGUUCAACAAAACCGUUCAGGAGGUUCACGUUGUGGGAGCUGGAUGGGACAAGUCUCUCGGAGGCGACUCUUUGAACGACCUCAUCGUCGACGACAUGGUUUCCAACUUGGUUGAGGACAAGAAGCUCAAGGACAAGGUCACACCGGCUGAGGUCAAGGCUCAUGGAAAGACCAUGGCUAGGCUCUGGAAGGAUUCCGAGAAAUUGCGCCAGGUUUUGAGCGCCAACACCGAAACCUCGACGAGUUUUGAAGGAUUGUACCAGGAAGAGCUCAAUUUCAAGUACAAGCUCAGCCGCGCUAACUUUGAAAAAUUGGCUGCACAGCAUGCCGCCCGUGUUGGGGCCCCAUUGGAGCAAGCGCUGGCGGCCGCUGGCUUGCAACUAAGCGAUAUUGAGUCCGUCAUCCUGCACGGCGGAGCGAUCCGGACGCCCUUCGUACAAAAAGAACUUGAGAAAUUCAGCGGCGAAUCCAAGAAAGUCCGCACGAAUGUCAACGCCGAUGAGGCGGCUGUUUUUGGUGCCGCUUUCAAGGGAGCCGCCCUCAGCCCUAGCUUCCGAGUCAAGGACAUUCGCGCCAGUGACGCGGCCGCGUACCCUGUUGCCUUGAAGUGGAACUCGGAUGGCAAGGAGAGGAAGCAGAAGCUGUUCACUGCCACUUCCCAGGUUGGCCCAGAAAAGCAGGUCACCGUGAAAAACCUGGAGGACUUCGAAUUCAGCUUCUCCCAACAGGUCAACCAGGAUGGCAAGGAAUUGCCUCUGCUGAGUGUCCAAACUCAGAAUCUGACCGCGUCUGUAGCCAAGCUCCAAGAAAGCUUUGGUUGUUCGACUGCUAACCUCACGACCAAAUUUUCGAUCCGCCUCAGCCCCAUUGACGGUCUUCCCGAAGUUUUGAGCGGGGACGUGAGCUGUGAAGUCGAAUCUGACAAGAAGGGAAGUGUUGUGGACGACGUCAAGGGCUUCUUUGGUCUGGGCUCCAAGAAAGAUGGUCAGCAGCCUCUUGGUGACGAGGAGGGUGAACCCAGCGAGUCGAUUACCCUUGAACCUGAAGCGGAAUCCUCCACAGCAUCCUCUUCCAGCAGUACCUCCGACACUAGCGCUACCAAGGACGAUGCGAAAGCCACCCCACAAACUCGAGUUGAAAUCAUCCCGAUCAGCUUGAAGGCAUUGCCGCUCGGAACCCCGGCACCUUCCACUUCCGAGCUGGGUCGUAUUCGGGGCCGUUUGACUGCCUUUGAUGCGUCGGACCGUGAGCGGAUUCUACGCGAAGAGGCUCUCAAUGAGCUGGAGUCUUUCAUCUACCGUAGCCGGGACCUGUCUGACAACGAAGAUUUCGUCAAGGCGAUCAAGCCAGACCAGCACGCUAUUCUGGCGGAGAAAGCUGCAAAGGCCAGCGACUGGCUUUAUGAGGAGAGCGACAACGCCAAGACACCUGAUUUCAAGGCGAAGCUCAAGGAGCUCAAGGAUAUUGUCAAUCCGGCACUGAAGCGGGUGAAAGAGAACACCGAUCGUCCAAACCGUGUGCGGCUGCUUCAGGACAUGCUCAAGAACGCCGAGUCAAUGAAGCAGAUGAUCGAGAAUCAAAUCAGCACCGACGAUCAGGCGUACUCAUCCUCUCUUUCUGCCUCGAGCACGUCCACCAGCGAAUCCGACAGCAGCUCGUCGACCACUCCGGCUGCAAGCGCCUCGGGUGACCCCCUCGACGAUCUCGAUGAUGACGCAUACUCGACUCAUUCGUCCUCUACCGCCUCCGCAAAGACCAGCGCCCCUGCGAAACCCAAGGGUCCCAAGUACACCCUUUUCAGCCCGACCGAUCUCACCAACGUCAACCAGAUCUUGGAAUCCACCAAACCCUGGCUGGAUACCCAACUCGCUCAGCAGGAGAAGCUGACCGAGUCCGAUGACCCAGCUCUGACUGUUGCGGAGCUCGACAGCCGCAUGCGUGAGUUUGAACGCGUCACGCGCCGUCUGUAUGAACGAAUGACUGCGGCCGCCAACCAGCAGGCUAAGAAGGGCAAUGGCAAGGAGAAGAAGGAGAAAACCGACAAGAAGGAGAAGGCCGCUAAGAAGGAUGAGGCCCAGCCUGAAGCCGACAAGAACAAGGGCAAGGAGGAGCAGAAGGAGGAAGAUACUCGCAAGGAUGAGCUUUGA